AGUCAGGAGGAUGGCUGCUACUAAAUAUAACAGUUGGAGUUUGGCACUGGCCUCGGACAGAACAUUUGAUCUCUUUUCAGGAAACAGGGAAUGCCAACAUGGAAAACAAGGAGAGAUGGCGUCCCUUGGGUGGAGGUAUGAAUCCAUCCGCGAGAUUAAAAGCGGCUAGAUCAAUGCCGUCUUGGAUGCAAACAAGAGGAGUCGCAUAUCCUCCUCCGCCACCUCCACCAGUCAAUGAUCCUCCAAUAGAUCCAGAUUAUGAAGUUAUAGAGUUUCCAGGACAAACUUAUUCAAAUGCUCCAAUGCAAGAAAUAAAACCAGCGAGUGGAAAAAAGUGUGACCUAUGCGGAUCAUCAACUCCAUCUGUUCAUUGCGCUCAAUGUUCACAAAAUUUUUGCCCCUCUUGUGAUGACAUGUAUCAUCGACAUCCAAAACGUCAAACACACUUUAGAAAGGAUUUAGAUGGAAAACAGACGAUUGUACGACCACCAUUACCACCGAAAGGAGAAGCUGCCCAACCCCCAGUCCCUCCUCCCAGAAAAAACAAACGGACAUCUCGAACACCAAUUCCAAGUCCCCUAGAUCAGAGUCCGACUUCUAAAGUCGGUUUUGUUGGAAGUUUGAAGAGAUUGGUUGGAGGAAGACCUUUACCAGCAGCACCCUUCACAGCGAAUAGUGUUUCCCCCCAUAUGGGGCACCCUCAUCACCAAGAAUUGUCUCCACAGAUGGGAGGAUUUCAAGAAGGCAUGUUUGGAGAUUGGAAUUUAAAGAAUCAUCGAGCUGGCAGCUUUUCUAAUCUUCAUUCACCGGGGUUUAACCCUCUUGUACAGGCUCAUUCAAUGGCUCAGUUGAAUUGCCCUAGUUGCCAACAUGGAGUUAUAUGGGAUCCAUGGCAUGGUAACACCAUGGGACCACAAUCUUUAAUGGGUCUUCCCCCAUGGAGUGGAAUACCACCAAAUGGAACUUGGCACAGCUCAGCAUUUCUGAAUCGAAGAAGUAGUCACGAGCAAUCGAGAAGAAAUAGUUUAAGGAGGCAUCAUGUCCAAGAUUCUUCAAGUGCAUCAGAAGAUGAUGACAGGUUUGUUCAUAACAGAAGACGAAAUCCAUCUCCUGCAUUAUCAAGAAGAAGUAGAAAUCCACACAGUGAAUAUGAAAGUGAAGAAGAUGAUCGAGAGAAAAAUUGGAGCAGAUCUCCUGCUCUUACACAUAGAAUAUCUAGAAGGGCGUCUAUGGCUGAAGGGAUUAAUAGAACCCAUAGGCAUGAUGAUGACACCCUUUCUACUUAUGGAGGGCGAAGGGCAAGCCACCAACCAACAUUAUCAAGAAGAGAAUCCAUGGGACAUCCUUUGGAUAAAAUGUCUAAACAUGAGUAUGACAGAAAUUUAGAUAGGCGAGGUAGUAGGAGAAAUGAUUUUGAUAGCAUGACAAAUCAAAAUCAACAAAGGUACGAAUCAGAAGAUACGCGACAGAGAAGGAGGACAUUUGAUGAUUCUAAAACAAGUUAUACAGAAGAAGGUCGUUUAAGUAGAGGAAGUAAUAAAGGGUUUUCUGAAUUUGAAGAUCCUUCAAGCAAUAGUCCAAGGACAUCAGAACAAAAUGAUUUCAAUGAGCCUGAAUCUAGAAGAAGAAAAUCCAGACGCAAUGAAAGAUUUUCAGACACAGGACGAAGAAGAACAUCUCCCAUUAGUUAUAAAUAUGGUGAAAAUGUAGUCAAUGCACAUACCGAAACACCCAAUACUGUUAAUAAUUUAGAGACCAAUGGUAAUUCGGCAGGAGAUAGAAAUGAAGAAGAAGAGGAAAUGGGUCCCAUUCCAGAAACGCAAUGGGAAUGUGUUCAUUGCACUUUUAUUAAUGAGCCAGGGACAAGGGUUUGUGCCAUCUGUUGCAAAACAACAGCAAAACCAAAAUCUGUCAAAAGUCAAAAUGUUCAACCAGACCUAAAAGGGCAAAAAGAUUUCAAAUCCACAAAGAGAUUUGAAGAACAAAGGACAACAAAGGUUGUGAAGGAUUAUGAUGAAGUUACCAUAACUGAAGGAUUAAGAAAAAUGAAUAUGGGUUCAAGUCCUCAAUCAACCUCAAUGCAAAAACUGCAAAUCAAAUCACCACAAAAAGGGCUUCAGCCAAAUGAUUCACAAAAACAUUUAACAUCGACUGGCACUUCUCCACCACCUCAAAGUAUUUCUACACAGACAUACGACGUGACUGGGCAUAAAUUGAAGCGUACAACUUCAUUAGCAGACUAUGCUGAAUGGAAGGCACCACAAAGAUCAUAUUCUAAACAGUCAUUGUUUAGUGAUACUCAGAGCCUGCCUGUAACUCCUCCAAAACGAAGAAGUCCUGAAAAGUUUAAUCCAGUUGAUGGAACAGCUGUACCUCCUGAACAACCACCAUCAGUGAAAAAUAUGGAUCAAUUAACAAUGCAAAGGAAUCUUAAAAGAGCUGGCUCCCAACCCCCUGAUUACAUUAGCACCCUAGUACAAAAACAAGUGAAACAAGGACUAGAAAUGGUUAAGUUAUUAAGAGAAGCAGAAGAACAGCAAUUUUCUGCUGAUGACCUUGCAGUAGCCCUAUUACAUUGUGAGGAUGGUGAUCCUGUUGCAUGGCUUCAAAAGAACUGGAGAAAUAUGAUCGACACAGUAGUUACUCUCGGCACCAACUACGGCCAUGAGAGAAAAGAAAAUACUGUUGGCACAAUAUCCGCGUCAGAAGCAAGAGAAGCCCUCAGAAUGCAUGACGGCAAUGUAUGGGCUGCUGUGACUGAGUGUGUUGAGCAAAGACAAAAAAAAUAUGCUGAACUUCUCUCGAGGGGCAAUUUUUCCCGAGAAGAUAUUGUAACUGUACUGACUGCCAAUCAUGGCAACUUGGAGGCCGCUUAUAUGGAACUUAGUAAGAGUCAGCUCAAACCGUUUCUGAUGAGAAUAUGGGGGCCUCCACAAGGGACUGAUAAUGAAAGUGGUGAUUUCACAAAGUUAGCACAUGAUUCUGAUUGGGAGGGGGGAAAGGGUAAUAAGAGAGAUGAAGAGGUGAGUUUAUUUUCUAAUGACAGUAAUAAUGACCGAAUACAAACUUGGCUGGACAAUUAUGUAUAUAAACCAAAGUUAUCUCAAUCUAUGUUGCAAUUAAAUUCCAUAAGCUCAAAAAACUCAGAUUCCUACGAUUUUCCACAAAAUUCUCUCAAAACCCAAAACACUAAAUCUAGUCGGAAUCGACGUUUCUCAGAUGUACAUAGAUAUUUAACGCAUUGUUUCACUGCAAAUAAUUCCCUUCAAAUUGCCCUCGAAAUGCAAGAAUUAUCAAAACCAGUGGAAAAAAUUGAUCCAUUGCAAGAAUUUUUAACUAAAAAUUUAGGACAAGACUCAGUGCCAAAAUUGAAUCAGUCUGAAAAUAAAAACUCUGUAAGUGCAAAUUCUUCGAAUCAAAUCAUUAUGUCUCAGGAUCAUCAAAAUGAUGCAGAAAGCUUUUCUGAUUUAGCUGAAAAUACACACAUAAGCUUGGAGGACAGUAGUGUAGAUAUAAACUUAAAAUUUGAUACAGAAGAAAAGCAUGUACCACCCAACAGUAAUGCCAGCUCCAAUGUAGAUCCAAUUGCAUCAGAAAGUGAUGCAAUGUCUUUAAACAAUGCAAAUCAAGAUUUACAAGGUCCUAAUGGUGACACAAUUUCUUUGGAUACUGACUUGACUUCUGAAAAUGAAGAUGAUGAUGAAUAUGACUAUGAGGAUGACAAUAUUGCUUUUAUUGAAAGUCUACCACAACUAGAAAAAAGCUUGUCACCUUCAAGCAGUGGCUCUUACGAAAGCAUUGAAAUGCACGGUGAUCAAAAAGUUGAUAAAAGUGAAUAUACUAAUACAACAUCAAUAAAAGAUGUUGACUUAGAGCCAAAUGAAAUUUCUUCUUACUUAAAUGAAGAGAUGGGAAAAUUAGAAGUUUUCAAUAGCAAACUUCCUUCUGAAAAAUUAGAAGAAACUAAUUUUAUUACCUUGGAACCAAAUCAUACGGCAAGAGAUGAAAACAGACAAGAAACAACUAUGUCGAAUGUAGAAGAAACAGACGAGUUUCCAAAUCACCCUGAUUCAAUAGAAGAGAAUACUGAAAUUAUCACUGUGAGGAUUCCAAUUAAAGUGCCAAGUGUGUCUCUAAAGGACGUUAAAUCAGAAUCAGAUAUAGUAGUAGCAGAUCUUAAUACAAAACAAAAAAGAAGCAAGCCUUUAGAAAUUAUAACAAUUGAUGAACAAAAUGAAAAUUCAGAUGCAGCUAAUAAUGUUCAGGAAAUUGUACAAGUAGUUGAUGAAGUAUUAAAUAACAUGCUUAUCCAAAUUGAUAAUUCUAAUUCAAAGAUAGGAGGUGUAAAUUCAACUUUAAUGGAAGAACAAAAAAAUGAUAAUGUUGAUUCAAUAAUUAUUAAUGCUAUAGAAUUACCUGCACAAGAUAAUACAAGUAAAGGUGAAACUAACAAAGAAAGUAAUCAUGAAAAUAGGGCGGUAAGCUCAAAAACAAAUCAAGAAGCUUUUCCUACAUAUGUUAAUACUGUUUUGAAAGAAAAUAAACAAGAUAUUGAAAAUAAUAAAGAUGUUAAUCAUAUACCUGUUACUAAUACUGGUGAACAACAAAGUAACAAUGUGAAAGAAGAUUUUUCACCAUCCAGUUCAACAUUGUCUCCGAUUAGUGCUGUUUGCUUACAAAAAAGCACCAAUUGUAUAGACAAUGCAUCAGAUGGGGCUUCAGAUAGCGACGUUAGUCCAAUUCCUACAGAUUCUGAAAAAGACAAUAUUUCACAGAUCUAUCAAAAUAUUCAGAAUAAUGAAGACACUUUUAAUCAAAAUAGCAGUCAUGAAAUUGUGAAUAUGCUAAAGGAAAGUCUAACAAAGGAUGAUAUUGUAGAAAAGAUUGUUAGUUCUUUAUUUCAAAGAGUGUUGAGAGCAUCUAUUGAUUUACAACAAUUUCCUAUAAAUGAACAGAAGAUACAGCUGGAGCAAAAGAAUUCAAAACAAAACUUAGUUGACAGUAAGAAUACGUCUGAUAUAGAAGAAAACUCUGACAACAUGUUUUAUGAAGCAGAAGAAAGCCAAGAUCAUCGUUUUUCUGGUAAUAGUGGAUUAGGGUCUCAUACCAUAAAUACUUCAAUUGAUACAAUCAAUAUUGGUCAAAAUCAGGUACCUGAAGUUUUAAUAAAUCCAAAAUUGAAAAUUCAUGAUGACACAAAUAAUUCAACAAAAACAGAGUGUAAUAUUCAAAUAGUCCCAACUGACCUCAAAAAAGACGCUACUACAGAAAGUUUUCAAGUGAAAGAAGAAUUAGGAAGUUUUGAGAGAGAAGUCCGUAGAAUCCUAGCUGAAGGACUUGUACAAACUUACAGUCAAGCAGAAUUGGUUGUUAAGUUAAAGAAUUUAGAUUUUGAUGAAGAACAGUGCAUUGCAGCUGCAGCUGAGUGUAAUGAUGUUGAAAUGGCAGUUGCAUAUUUACAGCAGGAAUGUUAUCUCUGCGCAGGAAAGUACACAAUGAAACAAAUGGUGUCUAUGCUAGACUGUGAACAUAUCUGUUGUCAGGAAUGUGCAAAGAAUUACUUUACUCUGCAAAUAACUGAAAGGACAAUAAAUGACUGUGUAUGUCCUUUUUGUAAAGAGCCUGACAUUAGCAAACUUGAAGAGGAUAAGACACUGCAUUAUUUUAGCAACUUGGAUAUCUUGUUAAAAACAUUGGUAAAAGAAAAUGUUCAUGAAUUAUUCCAGAGAAAACUAAGGGAUAGAACAUUGAUGCAAGACCCCAAUUUUAUUUGGUGUGGGCAGUGUUCAUCUGGGUUCAUUGCAAAUCCAAGGCAGAAAAGAUUAAUUUGUCCAGACUGUAAAAACAUAAGCUGUGCAUCCUGCAGAAAAACAUGGCAGAAAGAACAUGAGAAGAUGACUUGCAAGGAAUUCAAAGAAUGGUUAGAGUACAAUGACCCAGAAAAUCAACUUGAAAGGCAUCUUGCAGAAAAUGGCAUCACAUGUCCUAAAUGUACGACAAGAUAUGUACUUGCGAAGGGAGGAUGCAUGCAUUUGAUAUGUCCACAUUGUAAGCACGAAUUUUGCCAAGGAUGCGGAAAACCAUUUUUGAUGGGAAAUAAUUGCAAGUUAUCGCCAUUCUGUGAGAAACUCGGCCUCCAUUCUCAUCAUCCUCGGAACUGUUUGUUCUACCUGAGAGACAAAGAGCCCAAACAGUUACAGCGACUCUUGGAAGACAAUGGCAUAGAUUAUAGGAAAACAAAUGAAAAUUUAACAAAUCGAUGCAACGUGCAGAUACUCAAAGAAACAGAUGAAGGUUUCCUCGAAGCAAUUUGUGGAUUCCCAAUUGAAGGCUGUGGACUUUGCAGGAAGCAUUAUGUGGAGUAUCUUUCAUUGCUGAUACGGAAGCAUGGCUUAGACCCGAUACAAAUUUUUGAUUCAGACGAUCUUGAAACUAUUGUUAAAAGAACUGGGAGAAAACCUCCUCCGAACCCCUAUGGAACUCCAAGCACUGUAUACCGAGAACGCUUGCUCAAGGUAAUAAAAGAGGACAUUCCCUUGGAAUAAAACAAAAAUAAAAUUAAUACACAUACUAUCAUAGUAUCAAGUAGCAGUUAUGUUAAAUCCAAAUAUACAAAAUCAACCACAUCAUCAUUAUAUAUUUUAUGUUUAAAAAAUGUUUUAAAAUCUUACAAGGGCAAUUUGAGGUGAAAUUGUGUGUUAUUAUAUAUUAGGUAAAUGGUUUUUAUUGUUAAUUGUAU